AUGAGGCAGCGUUUUGUUAGUGCAGGUAUCUGCACGGUUGUUCUAGCAAGUCUUCUUUCUGGGGUUGAUGUAAUAGACAUCCCAUGUUCUCUGCCGGUGCAAUGGCUGGCUGAGCGUCUUUAUGGAGUGAGUGGUCACGCCCACCAAAUAUCCGGCAUUGUUGGGGCUAUCUUGUCCUGUUUAGUAGUUGGCAAUAAUAUUGCCAAGAGCGCACCUCUCCUCUAUCUGCUACUGAAUGAAGAAAACAUUCCGUGGACGGCCUCAAGUGAGACAUUAGGGCUGCUUCUUGGAGUUCUUUCUGAGAAAUACUCAGUGCUCAGCUGGUUGGCGGUGGCGGUGCCAAUGGUUUCUCCGCUUGGCUUUGGCCGAGCUGUUGCUUUGUCUCUACGGCGAAGAAGCGCUUGGCCGAUUGCUGUAGCCGCUGUACUGGCUAUUGGGUCUUUUGGAUGGCCAGCAAGAAAUAACUUAGGCCCGGCUUUGCUCUCCACGGACUUGGUGCGUUUACAGAGUAAAGGGUUUAGAAUCAAGCCAGGUAAGUCUUUCUAUGGUGAGUAUGGCGGCAAGAUGGGCAGUGGAUUUAGAACGGUCUUUGCAACGGAAGAAGAGUCUUUCUGGCGGCUCUAUAUAGAAGGACACGAAGGCAACCCGCCGCCCGCAAUUCCAUUAGUUAGUGGGAUGAUUGUGCAUUUGGAACAUCUAGAGAGCAGUGAGUUUCUGCAGACAUUUGAUGUAGCUUCGCCCCUAACUAUCACAAACCAAGAAGUCUCUUGCACGCCAACACCUUCUGAACAUUCACAGUUUGUGCUCAUUCGUGAAGAAGGAACACCAUCGCUUGGCUUACCCAUUCAUCAGGACAGUCGGUUUUACUUGAAGCAUUUCAAAACUGGCGUGUUCCUAACUAUUCUCCAGCGCAAGCCAGUAGGCGGAGAAGGCUUUGAGGUCAAUGGCGAGAAGGCAACCGGUAAAGACUUCAUGCGCGGGCCAGAAAGUUCAUUAUGGUCCAGUGCGGCCAACACCUACCUCUCCCUUCAGACCUUCCCGCAACAACUAAAAGACUGGCUUAAAGGCAGUUUGGACAACUAUAGUAAGUUACUGCGGACUAGCCGGCUUAAAAUCGGUAGGCCGGACUGGCAUUUGUCCCUACCAAAUACGGUUUUUCUAGGCCUUUUUAUCUUGGCUGCCAGCCGUUGCCAAAGAUACUCCGAUAUCGUUGGCCACUUGAUAGAUCUGGUUUUGGCCUAUUGCUUCGGUCAAAGUUGGGGAUACGCCUUUUUUGGAGCCAGUAUCUUUGGACUUGAAAAUAUACUGCCCAAACCCACGCGCCGAGGCUUCAUUCCUGCCUAUUUAUCGAGCUGGUUCCGUUAG